AUGGGCCUCUCCACCGUCGAGGAAGUCGAUGCGUUCAUGCUCACGCACUCGUACGUGUCCGGCUACGCCUUUAGCCCCGCGGACGUCGAGGUCUUCGGCAAGAUCUCGCUGCCGGACGCGGGCAAGUUCCCGCAGGCCUACCGCUGGUACAUCCACAUCGCGGCGCUGACGGGCGUCAAGUGCCUGGCGCUCGUCGCCGGGUCCUCGGGCGGCGCGGCGCCGGCGCCGGCGCCCAAGGCCGCCAAGGCCGCGCCCAAGGCCGCGCCCGCGCCCGCGCCCAAGGCGGCCGAGCCGGCCGCCGAGGACGACGACGACGACUUCUGGGGCGACGACGAGGAGCAGACGGAGGAGGAGAAGGCCGCGGCCGCCAAAAAGCUCGAGGAGGCCAAGGCCAAGGCCAUGGCCAAGCUCGCGAAGAAGGAGGUCGCGCAGCGGUCACUGUGCGCGCUCGAGAUCAAGCCCUGGGAGGCGGAGCAGGACCUCGAGGAGCUCUUCAAGAAGAUCAAGUCCACCUUCGUCCGCGAGGGCCUCAAGUGGUCCGAGGUCUGCAAGCUCGAGGACGUCGCCUUCGGCGUCAAGAAGAUCAUCUGCACGGCCGUCAUCAACCAGACCAUGUCCAUGGACGCCAUCAUCGAGGAGAUCACCGAGGAGGCCUUCGCCGACGAGGUCCAGUCCAUGACCAUGACGUCCAUGUCGCUCCUCUAG